CCCUAAUUCUAAAUCCUCCUGCAAAUGCCUUAAACCCUCCGGAACUUGGAUCACCUCUUCGGUCACCUGGUCGUAGUCUCGUAGAGCUUUCUCUCUCUUCUGGAUUUGAGCUUGGGUUUGUUGCAUACAGCUGAAUCAGAGAGAGAUGGUGUGGUUUCAGUGCGAGGAUUGUGGGGACAACCUUAAGAAACCCAAGGUUCUGGGUCACUUCAAGUGCUGCUCUGCUCGAAAGUUUUCGUGCAUUGAUUGCGGAGAGACAUUUGGAAGAGAAACCGUUCAGGGUCACACACAAUGUAUGACUGAGGCGGAAAAAUACGGUCCCAAGGGCGGACAAGGGAAACCUUUGAAUGGUGGGGGAGCCAAGCCCAACAAGGAUGGAAAGCAGCAACCCGAUUUUGAUAUUACUGUCGGGUUGACUAAGCGAUUUCCAUGGUUUUGUAGUCUUUGCAAUACUAAAGCUACCAGUGAGCAGACCCUCCUGCUGCAUGCUGAUGGAAAGAAGCACAGGGCAAAAGCCCGAGCUAUCCAUGCUGCAAAGCAACAACCUAAGCAGCCGGAAGAAUCUGUUCCGGAUACAAAACCUCCACCCGAGGACACGCUAAAGGGUGAAGUUCUUGAGAAUAAACAAAUAGAGGAACCUAAGUCGCAUGAUGCGUCUAGGGUCAAUCCCAAGCAUAAAAUUUCCGAAGCAGAGAAUGAUGCCUUACUGAAAAAUAAAAAGAGAAAGCUUGACGCAUCCAAGAACGAUGAAUCGACAAAGAAGACUAAGGAUAGUACAUCAUAUGAAGUAGGAAACUGGCAAAGUGGCUCAGAGUGGGAAGAAAGAAGCAAAUGGGAAAGAGGGAGAACUCACUACGAAUAUAAAGUGGAAGAAGUUGAUUACAUCAACCCUAAAAUCGAAUGAUGGAGUCCUGAAGAUGAGGAAAUUGAAAAAACUUGUGAUGAAGGCUCUUGAAGAAUCCGGAGUAACAGAUGACGAAACCAAACUGAGUAAUAUGUUUGAGCACAAGAUCAAUUCAAGUUCCAAAUUUAGAGUCGAGAACAAGUAUGUUCAUUUGGCAGCCAAGGAUUGAGGUACGGUCUGUUUGAACUGGCGUGUGAUUGGGGGAUUUCAGCUAGUUUCUUCUCCUUUGAAGCCCUUUCAAGCCGUGGUUUAUCCCCUCGUUUGAAUUCAAAUUCGAAUGCAGAGUUACAAAUCUAGGACACGGAGGAGCUUAGGUUAUAUCCACAUUUCUCAUGUCAUUUCUUCUGUUUUAAAAGUUUUCAGAAGAAAUAUCGUUGUCAUUAAUUCUUCAAUUCUCUAUGAAUCAGACAUUCUUCA